AGAAAAAGGGAUUAUUACCUAAAAAGCGGUCGGAAUGUAAAUGAAACUCACUCGAAAUGCAAAUGAAAUUGAAAUUCAUAUCAAAUUCAACGCGCAAAAGGCAGUGUAGUAGUAGUAAUAGAGCGAAGGCAGUAAGUAAUAAUAGUCAUGAAAUCCGUGUAAUUACAGUCAUACCACCAGUCGUCGUCGUCUCCGAUAUUUUGUUUUAGAGAGAGAAGGAAACAAAAUUUUAGAGAGAGAAGGAAAAAAAAAAAGAAAUACCUAACGUUUAGAUAUCUCUCUCUAGACCUAAUAAACUCCCCCAAAUGUGCCGGAUAAACUCCUGCUAACUUGCGCCGCUCUGCAGAAAUGUUCGGUGUGUAACUAAGUAGAACUGCGCAAGAGUGAGUUUUUAUUUUUUCAAUUGAAGAAAAAAAAUGGGUGGUGAUAAAGAGGAAGAAGGUAAUGGUGACACUAUGCACAGACUUCAAUCUUCAUUUGGAACUUCAUCUUCUUCCCUUCAAAACCAAAACCAAAACCAAAACCACCACCAACAACAGCAGCAACCCUUUACCUUAAACCAACUAGAUAUACCUCAGUUACACAUGCCGCAAUUCCGUGGGCAGAUUCGUAAUUUCUCCCCGAAUUCAAGCUUCGAAAAUACUGGUAAAAGAGUCGGCAUUCCUCCUUCACACCCUCAAAUCCCUCCCAUGUCACCUUAUUCACAGAUCCCGGUUAAUCGCCCUAUAAACCAGCCAAUGGGAAUGCAGAAUUUUAAUACAUCGCAUAAUCGUUCUUUAUCACAGCCGUCUUUCUUCCCCCUCGAUUCGCUGCCUCCACUAAUCCCUUCCCCUUAUCGAGAGUCGCCUCCGAAUUCGAUUUCCGACCAGGUGGCGGCAGCUGACGUGGCAAUGGAGGAGAGAGAGGGGGGGACGCAUUCAAUGAUGCCCCCUUCUCCUUUCACGAGGGGUGGUGGUUCAUUUAGGGUUGGGGAAAGUCUUCCUCCUCGUAAAGCCCAUAGAAGGUCAAACAGUGAUAUCCCGUUUGGAUUUUCGACUAUCAUGCAGUCUUCGCCGCCGCUUAUACCAUUGCUUAAAAGAGAGUCGAGUUGGGAGAAAGGAAGGGAAAACAACGCAGAGGGGACUGGAGAGAGAAAAUCCGAAGGUGAAAUUGUGGACGAUCUUUUCUCCGCUUAUAUGAAUUUGGACAACAUAGAUGCCUUCAACUCUUCUGGUACGGACGAGAAACUGGCGAACGAGAAUCUUUCUCGAGAAGAUUUGGAUAGUCGAGCGAGCGGUACAAAGACUAACAAUGGAGGUGAUAGCAGUGAUAAUGAAGCAACUAGCAGUGUGAACGAGAGUGGGAACAGUACGCACAAGAGGGAAGGGGUAAAAAGGACCGCUGGGGAAGAUAUUGCUCCGACUUCUCGACACUAUAGGAGUCUCUCUAUGGAUAGUUUUAUGGGGAAGAUGAAUUUUGCUGAUGAGUUUCCGAAAAUGCCCCCGUCGCCGGGUACACUGCCAGGUCAACUCUCGCCCACUAAUUCGAUCGACGGAGCUUUUAACUUGGAGUUUGGGAAUGGAGAGUUUAGUGGUGCUGAGCUGAAGAAGAUAAUGGGGAAUGAGAAACUUGCUGAGAUAGCUUUAAGUGAUCCCAAGAGGGCAAAAAGGAUCUUAGCGAACCGUCAAUCUGCUGCUCGAUCGAAAGAGAGAAAGAUGAGAUAUAUCACAGAGUUGGAACACAAAGUUCAGACAUUACAGACUGAAGCUACGACGUUGUCAGCACAACUUACUCUGCUUCAACGAGACGCUACUGGACUUACUAGCCAGAACAACGAGCUGAAGUUUCGAUUGCAGGCCAUGGAACAACAGGCUCAACUCCGAGAUGCACUGAAUGAAGCAUUGACUGGAGAGGUACAACGCCUGAAGAUUGCAAAUGCAGAACUAAACGGAGAUACAUCGAAAUUUCAGCAGCUCUCAAUCAACUCCCAAAUGUUUCAGUUACGUCAGCAGCACUCUCAGCAAAUGAACGGCAAUAAAACGGCCAAACACGAGCCGAGCCAAUAGCUUUUUGACGGGCACUUCUUCGUUUAUAAAAACAGGGCCUUGAAAGUUAUUUUGAACUCGUCGUCUUCUUUUUUCUUUCUUUUUCUUUUUUUUUUUUAUUAUUUACGGAAUUGAAUUCAUUCAUUAGUUUUUGCACCUUCCUUGUGAUAUACGCAUUGGAGGUGUGGAGUUUCGAGUCUUCCUAGUCACACAUGCAUGUUCAUGUUCAUUCUCCGUUUGUCGAAAAGUCUACAAGAAAGCUAUGUUAUCUAUAAGCAUCGAUUACCGACCUAGUAAAAAACCUAUUUAUGUCUAGCAAACUUGUGUUGGAUAUAUCGUACCUAUAUUAUAUCUAUCUGUGAUCUCAUAUAUAUGAUCCUUAUUUUUCCAA